CCAUCAAGUCGAAGGGUUGUCAUAUCAUAGGGACGAGGUACGGGCGGCUCCUGGUGACUCUCUAUCACAAUGACUGUUGAGGCUAUGGAAGUGUCUAGUGCAGAGAAGGACAAGGAGAAUGAAGGGGAGAAGAAGGAUCCAGAUACUUUAACUCUAGAAGAUUUAAAAGAGCAAAUCCGGUUAGUUGAACGCAGUAUAGUCAGUAAAGAACCGCGCUUUGUUCUGCGUGUACUCCGUGCACUACCUACCACCAGACGUAAAUUGACACCAAAUGUUCUGCGUCGUUUGGUUGCCACAUACUAUGGUCGUCCAGAGAACAAACAAGAGCGAGAGACCAUCCUACAGUUUAUUGAGGAGCCUAUGGACAUGGAUGCUACUCCUCAAGCUCCCGUGGUACGUCAACGUGUCCAGUUGGUGCUGGAAGUGGACGUUUACAUUCAUCUUCUUGUACUUCUCAGGCUCCUGGAUGUUAAUAACAAUGAAGAUGCCAUCAAGUGCUCUGAUCUCCUGAUGACUAAAGUGACAUCAGUGAAUCGUCGCACCCUUGACCUCUUGGCUGCUCGCUGUUACUUCUACCACUCACGUGUCUAUGAGGUCAAUAAAAGGCUGGAUGAGAUAAGAGGAUUUUUGCACCAACGUCUUUGCCAAGCAACACUGCGUAAGGACCAUGAGGGACAGGCAGUGCUUAUCAACUGUCUGCUGCGCAACUAUCUCCAUUACUCUCUCUAUGACCAGGCUCAAAAGCUCAUUGUGAAGCUUGAGUUUCCUCAGCAGGCCAACAACAAUGAAGUGGCUCGCUACCAUUACUAUAUGGGGCGUAUUAAGGGAAUACAACUUGAGUAUUCAGAAGCUCACAAGCACUUGAUUCAGGCUCUCCGUAAGGCCCCACAACAGACAGCCGUUGGUUUUAGGCAGUCUGUGCAGAAGAUAGCAGUGGUGGUAGAAUUAUUGCUUGGCGACAUCCCAGAGAGACAGAUAUUUCGGCAAGCUAUUAUGCGGAAAGCCCUGGCUCCAUAUUUACAGCUGACUCAGACAGUUAGACUAGGUAACUUGGUCCACUUCACCAAUACACUCAAUGAGUACAAGAGUAAGUUUCAAGGUGACCACACUUUCAUGUUAAUUCUGCGUCUGCGCCACAAUGUGAUCAAGACUGGCCUACGAGCUAUAUCUCUCUCGUACUCUCGUGUCUCUUUGGCAGAUGUAGCUUCAAAGCUUACUCUUGGGUCACGUGAAGAUGCUGAGUUCAUUGUAGCUAAAGCAAUCAGGGAUGGAGUAAUUGAGGCUGUUAUUGACCAUGAGCAUGGCUACAUGCAGAGCAAGGAGACUGUGGAUGUUUACUGUACACGGGAGCCACAGUCUGUGUACCAUCAACGUAUAUCCUUCUGUCUGGACAUCCACAACCAGUCUGUCAAGGCUAUGCGUUACCCUCCAAAGUCAUAUAACAAGGAUCUAGAAAGUGCUGAGGAGCGACGAGAGCGAGAACAACAAGACUUGGAAUUAGCCAAAGAGAUGGCAGAGGAAGAUGAUGAUGGUUUUCCCUAGGAUUAAGAAAACUGUAGAUGUAAAAGUUAGAUGAUGAUGCCUGAGGUGAUAAUUUUGAACUAAACUGUAAUUUUUAUAAAAGAACAUAAUAUUUCUGCCAGAACAUCAUAAGGGUAAGUUGUUUGUGAAAGCUUUGUUAAAAGAUUUUUUUAUUCAAAAUAUUGUAUGCUAAUUUAUUACAAAACUUAUAUUUUGUCGGGGUACUGUAAUCAAUUAGUAGUACAUACUGUAUACUCUCUGUUGAAACAUCAAUAAAUUUUGUGUUAAUAAAUGGUAAAAGGAU